GGAGGAGGAGGAGGACGCCAUUGCAGCCACAGCUGGCCGCUCGAGAUUAAUCCGGGGAGCAAAACCUUAAACUUUCCCCCAUAUUCACCAGCUUUGCUUCUGUUUUGUUUUUUUACGUCCCGCUUUUGCUCUGGUUUUUGAGGAUAUAUUAAAAAAAGAAGAAGAAAAAACAAGAUGGAUGUUUCGCCUUCGCUGAGAGGCGAAAUGUGGAGCCCCAGCGCCGAACAAAAGCAGACCUCCACAGUCGCCUCCCCGGUCCGGUGGUGCGGCCUCUCGCCAUGAACGCCAGCAGGAACUGCACCUCGGCGGGGAGCGGCGGCGGCGGCCUGGCAGCCCUGGAGACGGUGUCCAUCGUGACCAUCACGCUGCUCGCCGGCCUGGGGAACCUGCUGAUCGUGGCCACGCUCUACCGCAGGCCGUACCUGCUCACGCCCAGCAACAAGUUCGUGUUCAGCCUGACCCUGUCCAACCUGCUGCUGUCCGUGCUGGUGCUGCCGUUCGUGGCGGCGAGCUCGGCCAGGAGGGAGUGGGUCUUCGGGGUGGUGUGGUGCAACUUCACGGCGCUGCUCUACCUGCUCAUCAGCUCAGCCAGCAUGCUCACCCUGGCGGCCAUCGCCAUCGACAGGUACUACGCCGUGCUCUACCCGAUGAUCUACCCCAUGAAGAUCACGGGCAACCGGGCGGUGGUGGUCAUCGUCUACGUGUGGCUGCACUCUCUGGUGGGCUGCCUGCCCCCGUUGUUCGGCUGGUCCUCGUUCGAGUUCGACUGCUCAAAGCGGACGUGCGUCGCCUCCUGGUCCAGGGAGCCGAGUUACACGGCCUUCUGGGUCACCUGGUGCGUCGUCCCCCCCUUCGUCGUCAUCCUGGCCUGCUACGGAGUCAUCUUCCGCGUCGCUCGCACGAAGGCCAGGAAAAUCCACUGCGGGACCGUCGUCGCGGCCCAAGACGACUCGGCGGGCGCGCAGAGGAACGGGCGCAAGAACUCGAGCACUUCGACCUCGUCCAACGGGAGCAGGCGGAGCCUGGUGUACGCGGGGAGCCAGUGCAAGGCCUUCGUCACCAUCCUGGUGGUGAUCGGCACCUUCCUCGUGACCUGGGGGCCGUACGUCGGGGUGGUGUGCACGGAGGCACUGUGGGGCGCGGGCAGCGUCUCCCAGGCGGCGGAGACUCUGGUGGCGUGGCUGUCGUUCUGCAGCGCCGUGUGCCACCCGCUCAUCUACGGCCUGUGGAACAAAACCGUGAGGAAGGAGCUGCUGGGCAUGUGCUUCGGGGAUCGUUACUACAGAGAGUCGUUCGCCACGAGGCAGCGAACGUCCCGCCUCUUCAGCAUCUCUAACAGAAUCACAGACUUGGGGAUGUCUCCACACCUGACUGCAAUGCUGGCUGGAGGAGGACACAUGCUGGCCGUGGGAAGCAGCACCGGAGACACCGGCUUCAGCUUCACUCAGGACUCAGGCACAGACGUGAUGCUGCUGGAUAACUCCUGCACAGACGGCUCCUCCUUCCCAACACACCUGGGGAAUCCAUCCGGGAAGAGGCGGAGCUCGGUCACCUUUGAGGAUCAGGUGGAGCAUUCCAAAGCAGAAAACGCCUCUUCGGUCCAAGUCCACGCAGAGGUCCACAAAUCUCUGGACUCGUUCGCCUCCUGCUUGGCGAAGGCCAUCGAGAGCGACGCCAAGCACGCUCUGUUCGAGCAGAGUCUGGCGCCGCAGGGGGGGCUCUUUGUGACGAGGGGGGCCCAGAAGCCCCGAUACCUGGACGGUCAGCGCCUGAGGCUGGAGAGCAUCGACGAAGGCAUCGUGAAGGACGACAGGGAGGAGGAGGAGGAGGAGGAAGAUGUGGAGGAGAAACUCCUCUGAUGGCCGCAGGUUUGGCUUUGCACUGCGUGAUGAAGUGUGGAUUCUCAGUGUGGCUCAACUUAAUGGCCAUAGGAAAAGGCACAUUUUCAUUCCCCUAUAGUGGAUCAAAUGAACACCAUCAGUGACUUUUGUAUCAUUUUUUUGUACUCUUAAUAGGAAAUUUGUACUACUGUAACCUUUAAUUGUAAUAAGCUUUCGCUAGAGUUUUUUUUUUUUUUUUUACCUUUUUAACUCGAUGUGCUGCGUUCACUUUGAACAGAAAUCCCAUUGGAGUUUCUUCAUAUUCUCCACCUGCUUCAAAAUGUUUAAAUGGUCAAAUCAAGUACACUUCAACCUCAGAUUGACAAACAUAAAACCUUCUGCAGCAGUUCUGCAUGCAGAUGUUUCCAGCUGCUGUCUAAGCAGAUGUUUUCUGUGGUAGCACAGCUUCCUCUCAUCAUCAGCUGGUGAGACACUCAUCUAGUUUGAUUACUUAAACGAUUUACUGCACAUUUAGUCCGAUCAGCACUGACUGGAAAGGUUUUUAUUUUUCUGACGCCUCUAAUCUCGGCAAUAUAGGUUUAUUUAUUUUUUCAGGUCCGAUAGUUAUCAUGAAAACAUGAAUAUAAUGUAUUGAUUGGAACAAAAACGCAACUACUUUGUUUCCAGACUUUAAUCCUUGCUCCUUUUUUCCUAAAGAAAAAAAAAAGAUCUUACUUUUUCACAGUAUGUAUAAAAAGUUGG